GUUUCCGUUGGAUUGUAGUAAACUUGAUUUGGCUUCCACCAUGGCAGGAUCUAAGUUCGAAGGUGACAUCCAAGAUGUUACUCAGCGGCAGUUAGAAUACAUCAACACUGUGAUUGAACAGGAAGGAUUCAAAAACAGCAAAGUGAAGAUUGAGCCUGUUGGAGCAGCCGGAGACAACUAUGUGGCAAAUGUAAAGAGAAUCAUCGUCGAAGGAGAUGGUGGCAACUUGUCUAUCAUCGCCAAAAUAGCACCAUCAUCGGAACAGAUACGGAACAACUUCCAAAGCCCAGUUGUGUUCCUCAACGAGAUUUGUAUGUACACAAAAAUCUUGCCAAAAUUCCUGCAACUACAGAAGCAAGCCGGUGUGCCAGAGGAUGAACAGAUUAAAUUCCCGAAGUAUUAUGGAUCACUUAGUGAAGCACCCAAUGAAAUCAUUCUGCUGGAAGAUCUGAAGGUGGCAGGAUAUAACAUGCUGGACCGAUUUAUUCCUCUGACUGAUUAUGUCGUGAGAGGUGUGCUUAAAAGUUUAGCAACAUGGCACUCCCUGUCCUAUGUGUUGAAAGCCAAAGAACCCGGCACCUUCAAUCACUUCAGAGACUCCUUGGUCGAUUAUUGGGUACAUUUCUAUGAAUUAAAAGAUAAUCCUGUAGUCGACGUCCUCCGUCAAGUCGAAACUAUUGCCAUUGGUAUCCUAAGUGAUUAUCCACAGUACCAGAGUAUUAUUAAAGACAAAGUAAAUGCUUUUAUGGAAAGAACCGUUAAAAUGAAGAAAAUUGAAGAUGGGAACAGAUUUUCAGUUAUUCAACAUGGCGAUGCUUGGACUAAUAAUAUUAUGUUCCAGUUUAGAGAGGACGGCACAUUAAAAGAGUCAAUGUUGAUAGACUACCAAAUAGCAAGGAAUGCGAGCCCAGUGAGUGAUAUCCUGUACUUCAUCUUCAACUGUACUCACCACGAAGCUAGGAACGAGUAUUUCAACGAAUGGCUGGAUCACUACCACUCGGAAUUGGACAAAUCUUUAGCUAACUUCGGUAUAAAGGCUAACUAUGUUUAUCCUAGAGAUCGGUUGGAUGCUGACUUAAAGAGGUAUGGUAAACUAAGUGUGGGUAACGUUAUUGUGACAAAUAUCAUGACGUCAUUGAAACCGGAGUUAGCCAGUAAAGUUAAAGAUCAGAUGGAUUCGUCAGAUCUGAGUAACUUACUCACGGAAGAGGAUAUGGAUGCUGGAACUCUGUCUGCUCUUAGGAAGAGGCUGGUUGGUCUUGUCGAUAGCUUUAAUAGAUUUGGUCUAGUGUAAUCGCUGUUGUUAUUUUUUAAUGUUACUUUAUUAAGUACUUUUGGAACUUGUUGUUUUUUGUGAGUUGUCCGUACUGCCUAACUUAUGUAUAACUUUUAUUAUACAAAUAAAUACAAAGUUAUUUUACC